AUGACCGCCAACAACGGUUACGACACGCUGCUUGAGGCUGUGGCCCACCACUUCGACGCGAAUCGACCACUUGUCCCCAUGUAUCUUCAUCUGCUGCUCUCCGCGCUGUUCCCGAUCUAUAUUGGAGCGCACGCUUCCUUGUCGAAGCCAUCCUCUGCCGCAAAGCGCAACAAGACUUCGAAGGACGAGGCAGACGACGAUGACGAUGAGGAAGAGGAGACACAGGUGAUGGAGGGCUUGACCCCAAGAGAUGCCAUAAUAUUCCCAGUUACGGCUGGCAUCGUUCUGGCAGGGCUGUACUGGUUGAUCAAGACCUACGGUGCCAGCGUUAUCAACAUGGUCCUUGGUGUAUACUUCUCCUUGGUAGGCACUUUCAGCGUAGCCAAGCUCAUCAAUGAUUCAUGGACCACGAUCGAAAGCUUCAUUAGUCCUGCCUACUAUCGCGACAAUGGGAUAGUGUACAAAGUGCUCAAAGGCGAGCGCAAAGCACUUCAAGUCUUUCCCGCACCACAAUAUGGCAAUGCAAGGAUAAGAGCAUCACCUUUCGCUGGACCAUUGGGUCGCCUACCACUACCAGGUCCGUUUCGAAAACUUGCAUGGAGUGCACGCGACCUCACAAAGCAGAAGUUCGUGGUCAAGGGAUACCUUCAAGGCCUGAUCGACUUUCGCGCUAUCUUGACUCGUCAUAACAUCUUGUCAACUAUAAUUGGCAUCAUCGCAGUCGGUUACUCUUUCUACGACAAGCCAUGGUGGCUGACCAACCUACAAGGCUUUGCAGUGUCAUACGGCGCGCUGCAGCUCAUUUCGCCAACCACUUUCGCAACAGGCACGUUGAUACUGAGCGGCUUGUUCUUCUACGACAUCUGGGCCGUCUUCUUCACCCCUCUAAUGGUCACAGUGGCAAAGAACUUGGAUGUACCGAUCAAGCUUGUCUUUCCACGGCCAGCAGAGCCAGGUGCAGCUCCGGAAGAUCCACCAGUCAGAAGCUACAGCAUGCUAGGACUUGGCGAUAUUGUCCUUCCUGGCCUUAUGAUCGCGUUGGCAUUACGAUUCGACUUGUAUAUGUACUAUUUGCGUCAGCAGAAGCGCCGCACAGUAGUGGCGAGGGCAGGCGAGGGCCAAAACAAAGCGAAGGAGACCAUUGACAAGGCUCCUUACAUCCCAGCAUCGGGUCACUGGGGUGACAAGUUCUGGACUGCUGUUGAAGCGUCGACACCAGCAUCUGCGGUACUGCCAGCGUACCUUACGACUACAUUCUCGAGGCCAUACUUCUACGCUACCAUGACAGGCUACGUCAUUGGUAUGAUCGCAACACUGGUAUUCAUGAGCAUCUUCCAGCAUGCUCAGCCUGCCCUUCUGUAUCUAGUGCCCGGCGUUUUAAUCAGCUUGUGGGGUACUGGUCUGGUCAGAGGCGAGCUGCGGCAGAUGUGGGACUUUACCGAGACUUUGACAGGUGAAGAGGCAGAGUCAGAUUCCGCAAAGGAAGAGACCAAGGCAGACUCAAAAGGUUUUUGGUCAGACCUGUGGGCUGAACUAUUCGGAACCAGCGAGCAGAAGCAGACUAACAAGUCUGGCGCCUCGAGCUCUCUGGAUGCCACCAAUACCAAGAAGGUGCCAGAAGCCGGCGAUGCGUCGAACGAGAAGGCAACGACUGUAUCGAAGGAUACUGUUUUCUCCUUCGUCGUGACCCGCCACAAGCGGACUGCCACGUCGAUCCCCAAGACCGACGACAGUCGCGAAAGUACAGAUUCGAUUGCUGACGACGCUGUGCUGGUCUCCAAUGCUGAUUUGGACAACUCCAGCGACAGUAUGUCUCAUCGGCGUCCUGUGGCAGCUCGCGAUGGCGCAAAUGCCUAG